AUGCAAAAUAACCACAGAAACUAAUGAACAUAUCUGGACUUGUAACCAAUCUACACAAAUCUGCAACAACAUAUUUGACAAAUUCCCCAACAAACUCGCAAAUGCAAUUUUAAAACACAUCACACUAGACCCCAAUGAUAUAACUCAACAAUGCAAAAAUUUUUGCUAUAACGCCAAAUUCCUCAACCAGCCCCAUUAUAAUUCAGUAGCUAUCGGUCGCAAACCGGAUUAUAUUAACGCAUUCAAUGGCUUUGUACCAGAAAAAUUAGUAACAUUUAUCCGUCAACACACACUCUCAUAUCAAACAGCUACUAAUACAGCAGCUCAACUUAUUCACUGGAUAUCGCUAAAAGGAUACAAGAAAAUCUGGAUAACAUGUUGCAAAAUACAAAUUACUCAGGAAAAACAACUCCACAUUUAUGCAAAAGACAAAAAAAACCCUUCAAAUCGAAUUCAUCCAACCAAAUCACUCCACAUCACAACACUUCUCUCAAAAGAAAAGAAUUCAACUCUCUAUUCAAAAAACAUUUUGAUCCUAAUCUCUGCAUAUGCAACCAAACCACACAAGAACACUUGCAGUCUAAAUGUCCCAUCCAAGUCAGACAUAUAUCUAUAG